GUCAGACCUUCAUGGUAUAUGGCUGGCUUCAUGGCUCUGUGGGCUGUAGUGAGCUCUCUCACUGCCCUGGCAAAGGACUUCAAGGGUCUACUACUUACGAGAUUCUUUCUCGGUGUGACUGAAGCUCCAUACUACCCAGGCGCCCUCUACUUGCUCUCCAUCUUCUACACCCGAAAAGAGAUCGCCACUCGCAUCUCCGUCCUCUACACCGGCAACAUCCUCGCCACAGCCUUCGCCGGGCUCAUCGCCGCCGGCAUUUUCCACGGCAUGGACGACCUCGGCGGCAUCAGCGGCUGGCAAUGGCUCUUCAUCCUGCAAGGCGCCGUGACCUUUGUCGUCGCCGUGCUCUCCAUCUUCACACUACCUGACGACCCGCGCGAGACACGCUGGCUCACGCCCGAAGAGCGCGCCCUCGCGCACUCCCGCAUCGUCGCCGACACCGUCGGCGCGCGCCAUGAGACCAGCACGCUCAGCGGGCUCAAGGAAGCCGCGCGCGAUCCGCGGCUCUGGCUCUUUGCCUUCAUGCAGCACAUGCAUCUCGCCGCCAACGGGUUCAAGAACUUCUUCCCCACGGCUGUCGAGACCCUCGGCUUCAACACCACCAUCACGCUUGUGCUGACCUGUCCGCCGUAUCUGAUUGCUGGCAUUAUAUCGGUCUUUUGGUCGUGGAGCUCGGGAAGGUAUAAUGAGCGUACCUGGCAUAUCACGGUUGCGAAAACGAUCGCUAUUGUCGGGUUUGUGCUGGGGUGUGCGACGCUGAAUGUCGGGGCGAGAUACUUUGCCAUGGUGGUCUUCUCAAUUGGCACCUAUGCGGUCAAUAGUAUCAUCCUCGGGUGGGUGUCGAGUACGUGUGGUCAGACCAAUGAGAAGAAGGCGUCGGCGUUGGCGAUUGUUAAUACUAUUGCUAAUGUGUCGUUUAUAUGGACUCCAUACCUAUGGCCGAAAUCGGAUGAGCCGCGAUACACCAUCGCCAUGGCGUCGAGUACAGCAUUCAGCGUAGCGUGUGCGACCAGCGCAUGGAUCAUGAAGCUGUGGUUGAUUCGCACGAAUCGCAAGAUACGGCAGUCGAAUGAUGAGACUACGUUGUAUUAUGCUUACUGAUUGGAUUCAUGGGUGGUAUUUAAGGCGCUGUGGAAGAAGUAUGGGAGGUAGCUGGUGCAAAAACGAUUUGGUCAAUAACGCUAUCGCAACUGCCUUCGAUAGUAACGAUUCCGUCGCAGGCACCCCGAGCGAUAUAGCCGUUGGAAUAAAGGGUGUAAUGAGAGGUAACCCCAUGAGAAGAAGGCUUAGCUUUUAGGUGAACAUUAGCAACGCGAUUAACCAAGAGAUAGAUAAGACGCACCUUCCCAAAGCACCAAAUAGAGAGCAUAGUAGCAGUAGUAGUAGUCAUGACCCC